AUGAGUGGUAGUGAUGAGGAUGAUCAUGAACAAUUUUGUCACCUGCCCUGUACCCCUCAGAAGGUCUCCUACAAUGACCAGUCCACAGAGAGUGAAGAAGAUGAGCAAGUGGUGGCAAUUGUUAUGCAUAGUGAAGACCCUGUUGACUUUGGAGAAGUUUACCAUGCAAGCAAUGUUGACCACAAACCAUCAGUGCUUAUACUCCAAACAGACAACAGUGACAAUGAACAUAGUGACAGUGACUGGUACACCACCAUGAGGUACAACCUUAAAUAUACUGUGGACACUGAAGAUACUGGUAAACUGAGGAAGUGCAAAGGGAAAUCUACUCAUAUUCUGCCCAAGGUUGGUAGACACUCUGAAUCUGACAAGGAGGAUGGGCUUGCUGCAGGGAAUGGGCCACCAACUUUAAGGCAUGGUAGACUCCCCAUUGAUGCCUUACAGAAGGCACAGGUACUCAGUGUGUGCACCACUCAAGAGGCCCAAGCCAUUGCCAAUGAAUAUGGAAAAACACUUGUGUCAAUUAUGGCUGAUGCUGGUCUCACUACUAAGGCUACCCAGGCUGAAUCAGUUUGGAACAUACAUCAGGCUUGGUAUGUGAGUGCCAACCCUAAAUUGUCCAACGAAUCUGUGAAUGAUUACUACAGCCACCAGAUGAAACAUUAUGAGAGUCAUAAAGAUGAGGGAGAACAUCCUGAGCUGUGGGCAAAAAUUUGGAAGUUCUGGAAUGAGAGUAUCAAUGGUACCAAGGACAUGAGUUUGAAGGUGAUGGUGCAAACAUGGAGUAAUGUGGAGGGCAUCCAUGUUUUUGGAUGUGUCAUUUAUGGUGGAAAUGAUGAAGCUGUGCACCAAGCUCAAGGUGUCUUUGCUGGCUCUUCACUCUGCAUGCAACUUGCAAGCGAGAGGCAGACAGAUGUUGCAAAAUUAUUGGAUUUUCUCUCUAUGAUUAUCAAAUAUAAAAUCCUUGACUCUGCUGCUUCUGUCCUGCUACCCAACUUUGCCCUGUUAUCACAAAAGUUGUAUGACCUUGCUCUUGCAUUACAAUCCCAGGAAGUCAGACAUGAUCAAAAUUGGUAUGAAGCUGAGAUCAAGUGUGGGCAGAAGAAUGUUCCAUGGAAGGUGCUGCUAGACCUGCUCUUCAUCCACAAGCAUACCAUUAUUGAUUGGCCAGCUGGAGUUCUGGUGGUUGGUCCUGAUUUCAAUGUGAAGUGCCUUAACACCAAUGAGCUCCAUGCUCUCACUGUUCCAUUUUUGAAAGAGCAGAUGGAACAAGAUUACAACUUGGAGGCUCCAGCAGAGGAGGAAGAAGACCACUUUGUGCCAGUACCUGCUUCAUUGUUUUAUCUCAAGCAUUGGACAGCUGCUGCUCUCCAACCCUGCACUCCCACCACCACCCCUGCCACUGAUCACAGAAGUGUCAUCAAGAAUAUCCAGAGGAUGGAAGUGAGAAUGACACAGGCCCAUCACAGGGAAGGUCCCAUUGCAGUACUAUGGACACUGAUCCUUACCUUUCAGCAAGCACCACCCCACAUGGCCAUUGCUGUGGAGUUGCUCACCAAUGAUACCCUUCCUACCCUUGUACUUCCCAUUCAUUAA